AUUCAAUCUGACGCAACGAAGAGGAAGAGGAAGAGGAAGUUUUUAUAUCAUCUCUCUGUUUUUUUUAUAAACCGUCAAGUGGAAGAAACCCUCGUCUUUCCAAGUUUCCGACAAAAAGUUCGGCAAUUUUAAACAAGACAACGCGUCUUUCACCCGUUUCCUCCUCUUCUUACUUACUCCUGGUUUCGGUUUCUGUUUCGCUCUCGGUGGUUCAUAAAUAUCGAUUAAAUUCAGUUUUAUCAGAUCAUCGCUUGAUUCUCCCCGUCGUCUGUUUUUACUCUUUGAGUUUCGAUCCACACUGCUUGUAACUUUUAAGCACUCGAUCUCUCUGCAUUGAGAAGAAGCUUAGUCGAAAUCUCCACUUUCCGAUGGUGUUCGGAUCGUUUUUCUCGUCUCUCAAAUUCUGGGGCAAUUCUCAGGAACAGGAGCCGCAGAGAGGGAGGAUGCAAGAGAUAGAUCUUGGAAUCCACACGAUAAGGAGCCAUGGAGGAAGCGUGGCCACUAAACACAAGCACGAUUGGAUCAUACUCGUGAUCUUGGUGGGCAUCGAGAUCGGUUUGCAACUCAUCUCUCCUUUCUACAGAUACGUGGGAAGAGACAUGAUGACAGAUCUCAAGUACCCUUUCAAUGACAACACCGUCCCUAUCUGGUCCGUGCCAAUCUACGCCAUUCUGCUUCCAAUCAUAGUCUUCGUCUGCUUCUACAUGAAGAGGACAUGUGUGUACGAUCUUCACCACAGCAUUCUCGGCCUUCUCUUCACCGUCUUGAUAACCGGUAUCAUCACCGACUCAAUCAAGCUCGCAACCGGACGCCCUCGUCCUAACUUCUACUGGCGUUGCUUCCCUGACGGCAAAGAGUUGUAUGAUGCGUUGGGAGGUGUGAUGUGCCAUGGCAAAGCAGGAGAGGUCAAGGAAGGUCACAAGAGCUUCCCGAGCGGACACACGUCUUGGUCUUUUGCUGGACUUGGCUACCUCUCGCUUUACUUGUCUGGUAAAGUCAAGGCCUUUAACAGAGAAGGACAUGUGGCUAAGCUCUGCCUUGUGUUUCUCCCUCUGCUUGCGGCUUGUCUCGUGGGGAUAUCACGUGUUGAUGACUACUGGCAUCACUGGCAAGACGUUUUCGCCGGAGCUCUCAUCGGUCUCUUUGUCGCCGCCUUCUGUUACCGUCAGUUUUAUCCCAACCCUUACCACGAAGAAGGAUGGGGUCCCUACGCUUAUUUCAUAGCAGCACAGGAGAGAGGAACACAACAACAACAAAACGGAGAUGCUUUGAGGACAAUGUCUCUGCAGGUUGAUUCAACUUCUCUUGAAAACAUGGAAUCUGGCGCUUCCUCUGUUCGCAGAUGAUUCUUUUAUUUAAUUAUUUGAUUCAAUAUUUGGUUUUUUACAUUUUGGUCGUCGUGAGUGAGAGUGUGGAUGCUAUAGUUGCAAUAUGUGCUAUUGAAAAACCUCUACUUGUUAACUCUUACGUUUGUAAAUUCUACUAUUCAGGUUUUUGGCUUUUGACUGUUGUAGUGGAGAUUUAUUUAAUAAAUUUUAACACAUUUACAUUUGAGCAGAAUAUACAAAAGAAUAGUUAACUUUA